AUGGGGAUGGUGCUCGGCAGGAUCAGCGAGGAGAUGCCCGCGCACACGGUGCUUGCCCGCGCGUCGACCUAUGAGGUCCGGCGCUACGCCAGGAGUGUCGUCGCAGAGUGCAGCUACGGCGCCGGUGGCUGGGGCGGUGGCGACGACGGCAGCCCGUUUGGCGCGCUCGCGCGUUACAUCGGCGUGUUUGGAAAGCCGCAGAACGAUAAGGAGAAGAUCGCGAUGACGGCGCCCGUGCUCGUUACGCCCGAGCCCAUCGCAAUGACGGCGCCGGUGCUCGUCAGCCCUGGCGCCGAAGGACAGGCGACGCACACCAUGGCCUUUGUGUUGCCGGCGUCCAAGUACAGCAGCAUCGCCGACGCACCCAAGCCGCUCGACCCGCGCGUGACGCUGCGGCAGCUCCCGGAGCGAGUGCAGGCUGUGCGCACCUUUUCGUGGAACUUCAGGCCUGAGGCGGCGAAGAAAAACCUGGAUAUCCUGCUGGACGACCUCGCAAAGGACGGCUGCUGGGCGGUCGAGCGCGGCGCUGACGGCCAGCCGCGGUGGCAGGCCGCCGGCUACAACCCGCCCUUCGCGCUGCCGUUUAUGAAGCGGAACGAGGUGCUCGUGGACGUGCAGCCAAACCCAAACUGCCCAAAGGCGGAGGAGUGA